UGGCUCAUACCUCCUUUUAAAUGGAACAUCUCUUGGCCAUUUUUAGGUGUGAUGAACUUUCGUGUGUACUUCCUUCAUAUACUCCGAGAGAGAGAGAGAGAGAGAGAGGGAGAGAGGGAGAGAGUCAUGGGGAGUGAAAUUCCAAGAGUCGAGGAGAGGGGCCAAACCUUGAUCAUCGGCUCGACUGGGUUCAUUGGGCGAUUCGUGGCGGAGGCGAGCCUGGCGUCCGGUCGGCCCACGUACCUACUGGUCCGGGGUGGUCGCGUGAGCUCCUGCAAGGCAAAAGCCAAUGCUAUCAUGUCUCUACAAGACAAAGGAGCCAUCAUACUUCAAGGAUCAUCAAAUGACAAAGCGACGAUGGAGAAGAUAUUGAAGGAACACAGGAUUGAGAUUGUGAUAUCAGCAGUUGGUGGGGACAGCAUUUUAGAGCAGCUCGUUCUUGUUGAGGCCAUCAAAUCGGUCGGCACUAUUAAGAGGUUUGUGCCAUCUGAAUUCGGGCACGACAUAGAACGAGCAAACCCAGUAGAACCAGGGUUGGCCAUGUAUGAGAAGAAGAGGAAAGUGAGGAGGAUGAUUGAAGGCUCGAGUGUUCCCUACACCUACAUCUGUUGCAACUCGAUUGCGGCCUGGCCUUACCAUGACAACACCCAUCCCGCCGACAUUCUCCCGCCAUUGGACUGCUUCCACAUCUAUGGUGAUGGCACCGUCAAAGCUUAUUUCGUGGAGGGCAGUGACAUAGGGAAGAUCACUAUAGAAUGUCUCGACGAUGACCGGACCCUGAAUAAGACGGUCCAUUUUCGACCUUCCAAAAAUCUCCUGAGCAUCAAUGAGCUUGCAUCUUUGUGGGAGGAGAAAAUAGGGCUCAAGCUCCCAAGAGUUACCGUUACUAAAGACGACCUUCUUUCUGCUGCCCAAGAAAUGGUGAUCCCACGAAGUAUCGUCGCCGCGCUAACCCAUGACAUAUUCAUAAAGGGAUGCCAAGUCAAUUACUCUUUGGACAAGCCGACUGAUGUUGAAGUGACCUCCCUAUAUCCCGACAUGCCUUUCAAGACGGUAGAUGAAUGUUUCAGUGAUUUCGCCAAGAAGAUUGCGGAUGUGCCCAAGGCAGUCGAGGAUGCAGGAUAGAGUUGGUAUCAUCUUGUCCAAGUCUAAGCCGCAAGCUUUGGUUCAACCUGCUUAAAAUAGCGUUGUCAUGUCCAAGUUUACCGUGAUUGUCUUCGUAAAAAAUUAAAUAAUUGAUCUUUCUUUCAUGUUCAGCUCUGAUCAUGUUACUUGUAUACCCUGAGAUGGUAUCGGUUGGUGAGACUUAACUCAUGUUCUUGGGAAAGACUUGCCAUGGAAAUUCAUCCGUUGGAUCAUUAUGCAGAA